GUAUUCGCGUCCUUUGGGUGCGCAGUGUUGCCAGCCACGUCAGGCCUGUAGCAACUGUUCUUCUACUGCCUCUCCAAGGUUAGAUAUAGGCCCUUCCUAAUAGCUGGAAACACUCAAGGAAACAGACUGGGAGCCGACUUGAGACCGCGAGAGCAGGAAUUAAGUUUUUCGACGUUUUCCGGCACAGUUGUACGCUGUGAAAUUGUCGCCGUGGACACUGGCCGUGUUAUUUCGUCUUAAUAGGAGGUUGUAUAGCUAAGAAAAGACUGUUACCGUCCGUCUUAUUGGUGCUUAAUGGAAACGCGCAAUCAUAAAAAAUGGUUGCAUUUGGAGAAUAUCCGUGAAUGCGAUCGUUCCCUCUUGACAUCGGUGCGUCAGAAAAGACACCUCAGCUAGCUGGAGUCCGGGUUGGGUGUGAAGUCUUCACUGUGCACCGUGUGCUGCUGGAGUGAAGGUGACUUGCGCCCCGUCGCAGUCAAGGCAAUGCGGAGAGGAGUCACGGGCUCUCAUCCGGUACUUUACCUGCGCUCUAGGGCUCUUCUUGGGAAAAAAUUGCUACCUUUCCCACAUUAGGGGGAAAGAACGUAAGACAUAGAGCAAUAAUAGCGUUCGAGUUUCAACACAGCCAAUAGCUGGCGAAGGUGAGCUGAGCGUAAAUCGAGGAGAGAAUAAGGUGAACAGUAAGGUGCAGGGUGGUAAGGCAGGAAGAGAGAAAGUGGUGGAGUUUGGGGGGAUAAGACCAAAUCGUUCUGUCUUAGGGCUGUUUUAAUAGUGGAUGUGUAUGCAUGAGUUCUGCAUCGAAUGGGCGCAAAAAUCGCCCCAGAUCCGCCGGGAACAUCUUCCAGAUCGGCAAGCCUCCUUAUCGAGACUCACAAAGGAGGGAGAGCACCGCAAGUACCCGCAAAGCCCAGCGCGCCGUGGCCGACUGCAGAAUGAUCGUCCAAGAAUUCAAUACACUUGUGGCUCUGUACCGUGAGCUGGUCAUCUCAAUUGGCGAGAUCACUGUCGACUGUCCUUCGUUACGGGCCGAAAUGCUGAGGACCCGAACCAAAGGCUGCGAAAUGGCGCGAGCGGCACACCAUAGUCUCUCCUUGAUAUCGGGGCCAGAGGACGGGGAAAUCCACCCUGAGAUCUGUAGGCUCUUCAUCCAGCUGCAGUGCUGUCUGGAGAUGUACAUCACAGAGAUGCUCAAAUCUGUGUGCUUGCUGGGAUCGCUGCAGCUCCACAGGAAAGGUAACGACUCGUGUGGCCCUCCCGGCUUAGAUGGUAAAACGGAGGAAAGCUCAGACAUCCCCAUUCUGGAGGACACCUCUUCCUCCCCCACUGACUGUCCUCAGCUCUGCUGGCUGGUGGCCACUGACAUAGAAAACAUAGAAAAGGAUAUGAGGGAGAUGAAGAACCUUCUCAGUAAACUCAGGGAGACAAUGCCUUUACCACUGAAGAACCAAGAUGACAGCAGUUUGCUGAACCUGACUCCCUACCCACUAGUCCGACAGAGGAAGAGGCGGUUCUUUGGGCUCUGUUGCCUGGUAACCAGCUAAGGGCCCCGCCUUUGUGGGUAGGAGGCGGCAACAAAGACACCAUUACCCACUGUCCUUCACCACUUGUGUCUCCCACCAAUCUAUUACUGCCAUUUUCAAAUAAAUUGUCUCUUUCUCUUUUUUUUAACGGCUGCCCAUUUUAUAAUUUUAUUUUGUAAUACGAAGAAGAAUUGUAACUGCAGUGUAAUGAAAACAAAAGUCAUGAACAUAUAUUUUAAGAUAUUUUGCAACAGAUUUUCCCCUUUUUUGGUAAACGAAGUGCGAUAUCUGCUUGUCUGAUGUAAAAGGGAAUGAGAGUUUGUCUGAAAUGAUAAUAUCAAUGUUCUGUUACUUCCACAAGCCUGAGUGAAUGAUGUGGAUUUAUGUUUUUAUUUUU